UGAAAGGAAUUGGAUGGGAAGAGUGAGAAAGUGAGUAGAGAGAAAUUGAGGAGUUUGUUUUCUCCUCACUGCUGAUAAUGAUCUAAGGUGUAUAAUCUAAUAAAUUUUUUACACAUUUCUAUAUCUCCAUCCCCUCUGGCCCUCCUCAGAAAUCUCUUCGUACCAAUAGAAAUCCCCAUUCUAAUAUUGAAAUCCCCAAUCACAAAAAUCCUGACCUUCCCUUACACCCCCAUUCUCUCUCCUCACAACUACUCCCCAUUUCCAACCAUGUCUUCUUCCUCCCCUUACAAACCCAUAACAACCUCCUCCUCACCACCACCUUCCUCCACCCCUCUCUCCGCCAACCUCGACUUCAUCUCCUCCCGCCGUCCAUGGCGUCAAUUCUUCGACCGCCACUCCCUCUCCUUCCCCCACCACUUCUCCGACGCCUUCUCUCGCCUCAAAACCAACUUCUCUUACUUCCGUAUGAACUUCGCCAUGAUCGUUCUCCUCAUCCUCUUCGUCUCUCUCCUCUGGCACCCCAUCUCCCUCAUCGUCUUCCUUAUUAUGAUGGUUGCUUGGCUUUUUCUCUACUUUCUCAGGGAUGAACCGCUUGUUCUCUUCGGUCGGUCCAUUGACGAUCGGAUUAUACUCGCGGUUCUCUCGGUAUUGACCGUCGGGUUUUUGCUGUUGACGGGUGCUACUGGAAAUAUAUUGAUUGCUUUGGCUGUUGGUGUUGGGGUGAUUGUAAUUUACUCGGUUUUUCGACGGUCUGAUGAUUUGUUCUUGGAUGAAGAACAAGCUGCUGCCGGCGGUUUGCUUGCCGGUCGGACCGGUAUUUGAUCAUCCUUGAUCUUUAGUCAACGUUAUUGUUGUAUUGACUUUUUUCUUGUCUUAUUAUUGAUUCCUCAUAAUUUGAUUUUAUUUUUUUAUAAAUUUAUUUGGUUGGCACGUGUUGAUGGUAGUGUGUAAUUGGAAUUGUACUUGGUAAUUGGAAUUGUUGAAUAAUGUCACAGUUUUGCAUUUAAUUGUGUUGAUUCUCCAUUA